CUCCGAUCCCGAAACCACCGAUCGCAACAGCGAUGAUCCUGCGUGGCCUGCCACGUUUUCGUGCGCAGACCUCAUGGUCUCGGGUAGCGAGUCGAACGUCUCGCAGAGCACGUGUUGGCACGGCUCCGGUCGCCACAUCUCGAUGGUUCGAGUCCAUGUGCUUCGCGGCAGGCCUUGGCAUGGCUGGCAUGGCAGGGUCAUCUCGUCUCAGCUGUGAGGAUCCAAAGAUGCGACGAGUGAACGUGGCGCGUGCGGCCGACUUCGCGGAUGGGGAUUUGCGUCAGGUUCGAAUCGUUGGGACCAUGGAUGGAGCUGGUGAUGGAGCGAUCAUGCUCGCCUUCAUCGAUGGUCAGUUCUAUGCAACUGGCGCGUCUUGUAGUCACUACAGUGCCCCUUUGGCAGAGGGUGUAGCUGCUAAGGACAAAAUGCAUGUAGUUUGCCCGUGGCAUAAUGCUGCGUUUGACAUCCGAACUGGGCAACCAGUGAGGGGAUCUGGACUGGAAGCGAUUCCUACGUACCAGGUUUCUGUGGAAGAUGGUAAUGUCAUUGUUCAGGUGCCAUAUGUCAUGGAUGACUUUGUGGCACCCGCCAUGUCUCAACGAGAUCCUGCUGAUGAACGCGUGUUCGUCGUCUUAGGGGGUGGCGCUGCAGGUGUGGCUGCAGCUGACGCGUUGCGACAAGAGGGAUACAAAGGUCGUAUUCUGCUGAUCACGGAAGAGAAGCAUUUGCCCUAUGACCGCCCGGUGCUUUCAAAGAAUCUGGGCAAGGCCUAUGACCCUGCAUCCUUGAGCUUAAGAGACGAAGCAUAUUUCAAGAAGCAUGAGAUUGAAGUGAAAUGCGCGGCCAGGGUCAAGAAACUUGACGCUGGACAAAAGACUGUCCAUUUGGAAGGUGAGGUCUUGAAGUAUGACGCAGCCUUGGUGGCGACAGGAGCAAAGCCUCGACCUUUGCCCAUCAAUGGUUUUGAUCUGCCUGGAGUUCUGGCUUUGCGAACUCCUGAAGAUGCUCAACAAAUUGCCGCGGCCUGUCAACCAGGCAAGAAGGUGGCUGUGCUUGGCUCAUCCUUUAUUGGCAUGGAGCUGGCCAGCACCUUGCGUCGCAGGGGUUGCGACGUCGUGGUGCUGGGCAUGGAACAGGUGCCCUUUGAGCGCGUGCUGGGCAACCGCUUGGGAGAAGCUCUGAAGGUCGCGGAGAAGUGCGGGAAGACAUCUUUGCUUUUCCUUUCUUUGCUUUUCCUUUCUUUGGAGGGGAAAGGCUGCAACUGGAAGCUAUACUUUACUUAGUAGUACUUAGUAGCUUAAGCUAGCAGCUAGUAGCUUCUUCAUAGCCAGCAAAGGACGCAGAAGAACCUUUUCAUGAUUGGAACUUAAGGUCUGGGAAGCACUUCAUGCCACCUCCAGGGUGAGGCUGCUUACGAAGUGCUUCCUGUUACCUAUCUACUGUGCUUCCUCUAGGGAAAGUUCUUCCUCUCGUGUUAAAGUUCUUUUCAUUGUACCUUGCCUGUGGCGAAACAUGUCGAUUUGGUGGGUAAGGCCUUCUUGUCAGGCCUUCUUUGAGACCAAGGGCGUGAAAUUCUUCGGCGGCAAGACCGCUUUGGAGAUUAAGAAGAGUGGAUCAUCUCUGCAGGCAGUGCUCCAAUCCGGCGAGGUUAUAUCCUGCGAUUCGAUUGUGGUGGGUGUUGGAGUCAUCCCUAAUGCGAAGUUUGUCCAGGGUGCAGAGAAGGCUCCUGAUGGCUCUUUGGUGACUGACCAGUUCUUGAAAGUCUCAGGUGUUGAAGAUCUUUUUGCAGCAGGAGAUGUGGCGAGCUAUCCAGAUACGUGUGGGGAUCGAGCUGGCUUGAUGAGGGUCGAACAUUGGGAUGUUGCGACCAGCCAGGGUCGAUUUGCAGCCAAGAACAUGGUGGGGAAACAGGAGCGCUUUGACCAGACCCCCUUUUUCUGGACAUCCCUGUUUGGGAAGAAUCUCCGAUAUGUGGGUCAUUGCAAAGAGUUCGACGAGCUUUUGGUGGAUGGUGAUCUACAAAAGCUAAACUUUGUAGCCUACUACUGUCAGAAGAAUGAAGUGAAGGCGGUAGCCACGAUGUCUCGUGAUCCGGUAGCUGUGGUGGUGGGAGAGCUCAUGCGCAUGGGCAAGAUGCCAAGUGUCGCUGAUUUGAAGUCUGGCAAGGCCUCAACGGCAGGGCUGGCAGCUCAACUAAAGCAGAGUUCCUAAGCUCUGAUACUGCCAGCUCCUGCCCUGCCCAAGAUCAUCCAUCGAUUCAAAAGAAAAACCACAUGCGGUCCUGGUCUUCCUGUUGGCCUGUUGGUCCUUCCUGUCGGAUUACUGGCAGCUGGCACGCUUCUCUACAUUUUGUGCAUGAAGCUGUCAGAGGGUCAAACUUGGGAUUAACACUGAGAUAAACACUCAGAACGAGUCUCGAAGUAGAGAGGCAUAACCUCCUUUUUGUGCUUCUUGAAUUGGGAGACAAUACCUGGUCUAGAGCAUUACUGUUGCACAGGUGUCUUCUGCAGUCCCAGUCGUGGCCCGAGUCCG